GCAAGAAAUGUUGUUAAGAUUCGGUUCGUUCGGCACAUUAAUCAAAUUUAAUAAGCUAAAAGGACAAUUAACUUGUUUAGGAAGGGAUAGGAGUGUCAAGAACAGAGAUGAAGUUGAAGCCGAAGAAUUUGAAAAAUAUAGUAUUGAGCAAAUCAAUGCUUUACCCAAGGAGAGACGCGACACAGCUUCACAACAACUCAAAAAACAAGGGAAUGUUGAAUUCGGCCAGAGCAAUUACGAAAAAGCGAUAAGAUUGUAUACACAGGCACUGGCAUUUAAUCAAGAUCCUGUCUUUUACAACAAUAGAGCUGCAUGUUAUUACAACACACACGAAUUUCUUAAAGUUAUUGAAGAUUGCAACAGUGCGUUGCAGAUGAAUCCUUACUAUGUCAAAGCGCUAAAUAGACGUGCAAUGGCAUAUGAAAAAACAUCGCGUUUUGAGGAAUCUUUGCAUGCCGCUUGCAUUAUUGGUGAUCUAAGAAAUGAAAAUGCAACAGCUUCAAUCGAUCGUCUCUUGAAAAAAGUCGCCAGCAUCAAAGCGCAAGAAAUUAUCAAGAACAGAAUAAAGCGUUUGCCAUCAUCAAGAUUUAUCUCCUCAUACUUAGAUUCAUUUCGACAAGAAGAGCUAGAACACGCGAGUUCAGAAAAAAGUGCAGAUGAUUUCUUUAAAUUAGCAGAAAAAUUGGUGCAGCAACAUCGAUAUGAGGAAGCAAGGAAGAUGUAUGAGGAAGCUAUAAAUCGUGGAUGUACCAAUAUGCCAAAAGCUCUUAAUAUGCGCGGAACAUUUACUUAUCUGAUGGGCGAUUCUCAGAAUGCGUUAGUGGAUUUCCAAAGGGCUCUCGAGUUAAAACCAGAUUAUGUACAACUUCAUCUUGCCAUUGCUCAAUAUAAAAGUGGGUCGGUUACAAAGGGAAUGGAUACAUUUUUGCAGGGGCUACAAAAAUUUCCACAAUCUGCUGAAAUGCAUAACUAUUAUGGAGAGCUUCUAGCCGAUCAAAAACGCGUUGAUGAAGCAAUAGAACAAUUUAAUAAAGCCAUUGAGCUACAACAAGUAAAUUUCGCAUUGCCAUUUGUCAACAAAGCAAUGCUUAGUCAUCACGUGAUAGGCGAUUCGGCUCAAGCCGAAGAGUUCUGUCGCCUUGCACUGGAAAUCGAACCUGAAAGUGAUAUUGCUAAUACAAUUAUGAGUGAAAUAUUAUUUGCUAGAGGAAACUUGGAAGCUGCGUUGCAGUGCCUCGAAAAAUAUCAAGAAGUGGCACGUACUGAGGCUGAACUUCAAGGAAUUUUAGAGUAUGCAGAAAAAUUAGCAAUCAGGUAUGACAUCACCAUGUUUGGAAUUGGAAAAAUUCCAUCUACUGAUGAACUAUUGGCUAUUUGUGUCACUACUGCUAAGGAAGACACACCCAAGAAAACCAAGUUUGCUGCUGAAAAAGUUGCUGUUAUCAAGAAAUUUGCUGAUAUAAUUUCUUCUGAAUUGUCAAACAAGUUGUUAUCCUGA